AUUCCGCGCACCCCACAGGACAGCUCGCCGAUCUCCGCGCGCAAACGACAGCAUCAUGGGACUGUCUCGGGAGCAACAGAAGGACUGCGUUGAAAAGUUCAGCACCGUGCGCAUGUUCGCGUUCUGCAACGAGCGCGCGUUGCAGAAGCUGUGUGCGCAAGCGGUCCCGGAGACGCAUCCAAAAGGCAGCGUGUUGUUCCAGCAAGGACUCCCGCAAGCGAAAAUGCUGGUUAUUUCACGCGGCACGGUUGGUGAAACCAAAGACAUCAACGGGCAAAUUCACUCAUGGGGAGAAACCACACCCGGUAUGGCUUUGGGUAGCAACCACGCGUUGCGACAGGAUGGGGCGUCUGCAACCGCCAAGUGCUUGACCCCCGUUGUGGCGUAUUCGUUGGACUCUCAAUCGCUGUCAACGCUCCUCAAGGAUCCUGAAAUUGCCACCGAUGUCAUGUACUCGUUGAACCGUGAAGUCCGCCGCCACAUGAACCUCCUCAACACUCCAUUGCUGGAACAACAUGCGAAGCCCACGCCUAUUUUUGCAACAUCCGUGGCUGCUGCAGUCGAAAGCUUUUACCGCAGUGCCCUCAAUUCGUACUUGAAUGCCAGGCUGACUGGGCAAGCUCCGGCAACGCUUUUCCCCAACAUGGGAGUGCAAAUCCCCACCCGUGUCGCCUACAUCAACGGGUUCAAGGGCCUCCGCCAUUACCUCGAAAAGAACAUCGACGACGACUCGUACGAAAACCCAGGUUACGUCCGCAUCGCCAAAGCCAUUGCUCCUGGUAUCAUCAUGACACCGGUGAGCAGUAUGCUGGAAGCGUGCAAUGCCGGUCACAUGAACCCAGAAUCGCUGGCAACUCGAUGGAUCCGAGGAUUGGCGCCGCGUGCCGUGCGCGAAAUUAUAUUCGGCGUGGGUCUCAACCAAUUAUCGGAUUACUGCGAAGAGCGCAUUCCUUUGGACGAUUCGCAGCCCAUCUUGAAGAACGCGUUGGGCAGCAUGUUUGCUGGGGUGGUCGCUGGGUAUUUUUCGCAUGUCCCGCACAACUUGUCGACGCUCAAAUUGAUGAACCCGCAGAAGUCUUAUGCACGGCAUUUGAACGACCUCGUCGAGCAUGCGAAUUCCCGCGUUCCCACCAACAUCCAGUCACCCCAGGCACGACGCGUCUUGGCCACCGCAUUGGCAUUUGUCUUUCCCAAGGGUCUGACCAUCCGAACGACUCAAAUCGUGGGCUCGUUUAUCAUUCUCAACGGCACAAUCAACUCGCUCAAGGACUUUGACGUUUACAACAUGCCCACGGCAGUGUCGUCCGUCUUGACUCGGUGAAUCCGCUGAAAAUCGACGACCCACCAACCACGGUAGUAGUGUGAAUUUAACAACUUGACUUAUAGAAAAUACACGGCAUGUGCUAGCUGUCCACGCAA